AUGCGUGCUGUUGUUCUUCUAACUCUCAUAGGCGCCGCUGUGGCGGUGCGGCCUCACUGGUCGCGAAUUGUCGGUGGCAAUCCUACCACCGUCGAAGAAUACCCAUACAUGACUAAUAUGCAAUAUCAUUUAUUUGGACUUCUAUGGAUCCAAGCCUGCGGAGGAUCGCUUAUCACUUCCAGAGCUGUACUAUCUGCGGCUCAUUGUUACCAAGGUGACAGGCCUUCAGACUGGAGAGUGCGCGUGGGCACAUCGUACGCUGCGAGUGGUGGACAAAUUAUUGCUGUAUCCGAAUUAAUUACACACCCUGACUACCAGAGCAGUACCUUCCUUGCUGACGUUACAAUCGUUCGACUGGCUAGUUCAGCAAUAUUCUCUAAUAGUGUCGGAGUAGCGCGCAUUCCUGGUGUGACAUACGUUGUGCCCGAUGGUACCACUGUCACUGCUGUAGGAUGGGGAACUCUAGCGCCUGGUGGUCCACUUCCGGAACAACUUCAAAGUGUUGACAUUAACAUUAUCAACCAAGAAAUCUGUGCCGAACGCUACGACUAUUUGAGAACCCAACCUGGAUUCCAAAAUGCUCCUAGAGUCUUGGAUGAUAUGUUGUGUGCUGGUAUACUGGAUGUUGGUGGCAAGGAUGCAUGUCAAGGUGAUUCGGGUGGGCCACUUGCUCAUCAAGGCGAUAUUAUCGUGGGUAUUACAUCGUGGGGUUACCUUUGUGCUCACCAUUUCUACCCAGGGGUUAACGUUCGCGUAUCUGUUUAUACUGAUUGGAUCGUUGCUAAUGCUAGUUAAAAUAUUUUCAUUACUUUACGUUAAAAGUGUCUUUGUAAAUAUUAUCUAAUAAAUAAACAGUUUAUUAAUAUGCUUAUUAAUUUAUUGACCAAUCUUACAUGUAAUUGACAUUUCAUAUG